UUUAGCAAAAUUUAUAAAAAGCCUUGUUUGAAUUUAAAUAUUAAAUAGAAAAUUAGAAAUUUAAAAAAAAAAAUGAGUUCUCAGAAACCAAAAGUUAGUUUAACAUCUCAACAAAUAAAGUUGAUGAUGGCCAAUGCUCAACGGGAAAUAGAAGAAAGGAAACGUGCUCUGAAUACACUUAAAGCAAAGGAUCCAGUCCUAGCAUCAAUUCCACAAAUAGGUCUUCCCGUUGCAAUGGCUUCACAGGUUCUAAACUCGAAAAAACCUGAAGAUGCAGAGAGAGCAAGAAAAAUAGCUGAACUUCAAGCUCAAAUACGAGCAAAAUUAUCAGGCUCUUUAGCCAACAUGAUUCCUCAAGUACAAGAAAGACCUAAACCACUUAUUUUAGAUGAAGAAGGACGUACAGUAGAUAAAUCUGGUAGAGCUAUAAAUAUACCCACGGUAGCACCUACUUUAAAAGCUAAUAUAAGAGCCAAAAAGCGUGAAGUUUUCAAUAAAAGUUCUACAAAUGAUAAAAAUAGUCAAGAAGUUUUAUCUUAUUUUGAUGAUCGUAUUGCUGUAAAACCUAAUGUCCGGUCGAAAAGAAAUUUACGUUUCCACGAGCCAGGGAAAUUUCAGCAAAUGGCUGAAAGAUUACGAAUGAAAGCACAAUUAGAAAAAUUGCAAAACGAAAUAUCCCAAAUUGCAAGAAAAACUGGAAUUAGCUCAGCAACAAAAUUGGCUUUAAUUGCACCUAAACAAGAUGUUGGAGGUGAAGAAGUUCCUAAUAUGGAGUGGUGGGAUUCUGUUGUGCUUGCAAAUGAUUUAAAUACCUUAAGUGAUGAUAAUAAAAUAAGUGUAAGAACAUCAGCCAUUACGAAUUUGAUAGAGCAUCCAACGCAAAUGAAACCACCAAAUGAGCCCCUAAAACCAGUUUAUUUACCAGUUUUUUUAACAAAGAAGGAACGUAAAAAAUUGCGAAGGCAAAAUAGAAGGGAAGCAUGGAAAGAGGAACAAGAAAAAAUUAGAUUAGGAUUAAUUCCACCCCCUGAACCAAAACUCAGAAUAUCUAAUUUAAUGAGAGUUCUUGGAAACGAAGCAGUUCAGGAUCCAACUAAAAUAGAAGCUCACGUACGUGAACAAAUGCUAAAAAGGCAAAAAGCCCAUGAAGAUGCAAACAAAGCUAGAAAACUAACGACUGAACAAAAGCGUGAAAAGAAAAUACGAAAAAUCAAAGAAGAUACAUCUUGUGGGGUCCAUGUGAGCGUUUUUAGAAUACGAGAUUUACAAGAUAACGCGAGUAAAAAAUUUAAAGUUGAAACGAAUGCUAAACAAUUACAUAUGACAGGUGUUGUGAUUCUAUUUCGCGAUUGUUGUGUAGUCGUUGUGGAGGGUGGACCAAAACAACAAAAAAAAUUUCGUAGACUAAUGUUACAUCGAGUAAAGUGGGAAGAAGAUAUGGUUAAAAAUGUCGACGGUAAUGAAGUGCCAAACUCCUGUUCUCUGGUAUGGGAAGGAACUUGUCAACGAAGGCAUUUCGGAGAAAUUAAAUUUAAAAUUUUUCCAAUGGAGAAAAUGGCUAGAGAAUUUUUCCAAAAACACCAAGUCGAGCAUUAUUGGGAUUUAGCUUAUUCAGGUGCAGUGCUUGAUGCAUCGGAAGAUAUUUAAUUAGAUUGUGACAUAUAAAUUAAAAGUGUAAAUUUUAAAUUAUCUAAUUUUUAUUUCAAUAUAAAAUUCUGGAAAAAAAAAC